CGAAAAAAGAAAUCCAUUUCCCACGAUUUUUUGCUUCUAGUUGUUUAUUGUUUUCUCGGUUUCUCCAUUCUGAGACUAUUGUCCGAUCUGGCUCUGAGUUCGGGCUUUCAACGGCUCCGAGAAACCAACACAGCAGCCAUCGCUCGCCACAACAGCCUACUUAUACAACACAGCAGCACAUCACCACCAGCCCAUUUAACACAACCAAGACAAAAUCCAGGAACAUCGUCAUCCUUCUCCGUUCCAAAUACCACCACCCCCAAAAAUUCUCAUCUCCCGACCACUUUCUUCCCACCGUUUCACCCCCCUCUCCAAUAUUCUUCCCAUCCUCUUAAAACUCUCUCUUUGCCGCCGCCCCACCCGCCUCCAGAUCCUCGGCGGCUGCAGCUCGUCGAAUAAUUCGCCCUCGUUGCAUCGCACGUUGCCGCCCACACAGAGGCUCUUCAUAACCACCCUCCCACCCCCUCACGCCCAGAGCCUCCUCUUUUUUCCCUCUUCUUCUCUGGUUGAUAGCUGGUCUCUAUUCAAAAAUCUUCCCCUUCUCUUCUACUUAUCUCGCCCUACCAACAACAAAGCAAAGGAUUCUUUCGCUUGACUCUUUUGCUACUGGGCCUGCCUCACAGUGAUCAACACCAUUUCUCGGCUUGUUGCUCGCUGACGGUUUCUUCACUCCCGUUUUCCUUUUUUUCGUUCAAGUAUACAACAUAUAAAAUACAAAAUACAAAAUGGCCGGAUCAGACGAGAAGAAGCGGCCCGCCGCUCUCAACCUGACACCCGCUCGUACAGGAACCGCAGAUUCCCUGACUUCCUCGGAAGCUUCGCUCAAGGGUCCCAGAACACCUCGAUUUGCUGAGGCUACUGCGAUACACUCUCCAGUAGACUCUCGCUCGCCAUUCGCUGACCCCGAGCCUGGUGUUGUUGGCUUUGGCUACAUCAGCAAGCCCCAAGAGGUCGCUAUGCCUCCUAAGUCGCCUCUCAAGAGCGCCAUGAAGGUCCCCGGAACACCUGCCAGAACCUUCACAAACCCUCUCAGCCCGACCUUCCGCGAAGAAGACGUUCUCGAGAAGCGAGAGCUGGGCACCGACAAGGAGCAGGCUCGCGAUCUCAAGGUCAAGACCCGUGUCCGCAUGGCCAAGUUUGCUCUGCGUGGUGUCAACUUCAGCUGCUCUCUGAUUAUUCUUGCCAUGAUGUCUUCGUCUUUCGCAAUCUUCAACGCUACCAAGGCUCUCCCCGCACAGAACAAGAUGCCUUCUUGGGCCUCGGGAACAGACACUUGGCCUCAAAAGCUGGUUCUUUCGAUGGCCUGCGUCUCUCUCUUUGCCUGCGUUGUUGUCUUCAUCGCCUAUUGCCGUGGUGGCCACAAGCGUGCGGAGAAGGUCGGCACUUACUACACCAUGUUUGCCAUUGGCUGGUUCAUCUUCAGCGGUAUCAUGUGGGUGAUUACCGCCGGUGUCUUCCAGAACUCCAAGGUCAACACUGGCAACAAGGACAUGUGGGGAUGGUCUUGCGUCGACAACACCCGUGCCGAGGUGUUCUCCCAGAAGGUCGACUACGCUCUCGUCUGCCGCCUCCAAAACUGGAGCUUGAUCUGCAUCAUCAUUGAGGUCGUCGUCGAGGUCAUCUGCAUCGCCCUGUACAGCAUCGUCUUCUACCGCUACUACAGCAAGCGCAAGCUCCACAAGUCCAUGAACAUGCGUGACCGUGCUCGCUCCGAUCUCUACCUCGCUCAGCUCCGUCUCCAGUCCGCUCCCAACACUCCCGGAUUCGGCCCCAAGUCGCCCAUGUUUGCCGGCGCCGGACCCAAGUCUCCCACUCUCAGCACUUACGCCAUGUCGCCGCGCCACCCUCCCGCUGCCUACGGUACCCUCGGCCACAUUGAUGAGGCUACCAGCCCAUACACUCCUGGCGGACGCAUCCCUGUCCCUGAAUCCCAGUUCAGCAAGCCGUCGCCUACAUUCAAGCUCCAGGCUCCUCCCAGCAAGGCUCCUUCUGCCACCCCCAAGAUGUCGCAAGGCGCCUUCACACCCACCUCUGCUCGGGCUCCUUCUCCGACAGACCAGACUGUUCAGUCUCACGGCCCUUCUGCAGCAGAUGAGCCCACAUAUGACGCCGUGCCUAUUCCUGGUGCCUACGCUGUAGCCAGCCCGCCAGCCACCAAGACUACGUUUUAAGUUAGGCUAUGGUUACUGACGGGGCUACGAAGUAUAUUCUUUUAUUUUGGGAUUAAAAUGGUGACAUGAACAUAUUCUGGUCUGCUGGGCAGGUUAGUAGUCAAGAGACACGUAUCAGACAAAGAUGGUGUUUGGAACCCUGCAUGGAAACGGAGACUUAUAUACCACAUCACGGCGUUUUUUGGGGGGGGGCUUCUUUUUUUAUACGGUUUUAUUUGUGAGACCUGUGUUUAUUUCUUUUGUCAGAGCACACGCGCUUGCUGUACCAGACAAUUUUCUCUUCUUAUCUUUCAUUACAUUAAUUUACUUGUACAUUCACUUU